AUGGGGGCCACAGCGGCUCCGGGCUCGGUGCCGAUGCCGGUGCCACCGGGACGGAGAGAGGGAGGGAGGGAGGAAGGGAGGGACAAAGGCGGCAGAGGGAGCGAGCAGCUCCCGGCCCCUUUAAUUGUCUGGUUGGGCGCCGCCGGCUCCCCAGCGCCCGUCGCACCGGCCACGCGUGUCCGGCCGCGCCCCGUGGGGGGGUUCUGCGGGGAAACAGAGCGGGGGGGAAACAAUAACCAGAGCGAGCCAAUAGACGUGCGCGGGUGGGCGGGUCUAGGCGCCUGCGCUGAAGCACCGCAGCACGAGGGUGGCCCCAAGGCUGAUGGCGCUGAGCGGGGCCCUGAGCGCGGCUUGGCCGAGGUGCGGGCACCCAGGGAGGGGGCUCCUGAGCUGCUGCCCCGCUGCAGGUGGGCACAACACCUGAGCUCCGCGGCCUGGGGGGAUACCAUUUUCGCCCUCUCCUCGGGGCAUGGCCGCUGCGGGGUUGCCGUCAUCCGUGCCAGCGGGCCGGGCAGCCGUGGGGCACUGCAGAGCCUCACCGGGCACCUCGAACUGCCCCCACCCCGCGUCCUGGCCCUGCGGCGCAUCCGGGACCCCACCACCGCCGAGACUCUCGACCGCGGACUCGUCGUCUGGUUUAGAGGUCCUCAGAGUUUCACCGGGGAGGACUGUGCCGAGCUGCACGUGCACGGGGGACCGGCGGUGGUGAGCGGAGUGCUGCGGGCGCUGGGGCGCUUGCCCGGGCUCCGUCCCGCCGAGCCCGGGGAGUUCACUCGCCGAGCCUUCCGCCGGGGCAAGCUGGACCUGACCGCAGCCGAGGGCCUGGGUGACCUGAUCCGGGCAGAGACGGAGGCGCAGCGGCGGCAGGCGCUGAGGCAGAUGGAGGGGGAGCUGGGUCAGCUCUACCAGCACUGGAGCGAGACCCUUACCCAGGCUCUUGCCCACCUUGAAGCCUACAUCGACUUCAGUGAGGAUGACAACGUGGAGGAAGAGAUCUUGUCCCAAGUGGCUGCCACCGUGCAGGCCGUGGAGAAGGAGAUUGGUGCCCACCUGCAGGAUGGGCGCCGUGGGGAGCUGCUGCGGGGAGGGGUCCAUGCCGUCAUUGCCGGCCCCCCCAACGUGGGCAAGAGCAGCUUGCUCAACCUGCUGUGCCAGCGCCCGGCAGCCAUUGUGUCACCAGUGGCAGGGACCACGCGGGACGUAGUGGAGGUGGCCCUGGACAUUGGGGGGUACCCCCUGGUGCUGAGUGACACAGCUGGGCUCCGCCAUGCCACCGACCCUGUGGAGCAGGAGGGGGUCAGCCGUGCACGGGACCGCCUGCAGCAAGCAGACCUGGUGCUGGCUGUGCUGGAUGCCACUGCAGUGCCCAGUGAGCCAAUGGGCCUGGGGGAUGCCCUGGGGUCCUUUUUGCCCCCCACUGCCCCUCCCUGCAUCUUGGUGCUCAAUAAAUCUGACCUACUGCGGGGGGCUGAGGGAGCCCUGCGUGCCACUUGUGCCCAAGGGGACUCGAUGCCCCCCACCACCCUCCUCUCCUGCAAGACAGGCGAGGGGCUUGACCACCUCCUGGAGCUGCUGGCACAGCAGCUGGCACAGCUGUGUGGAGACCCCCUGGCAGGCUCACCCAGCCUGACGCAGAGCCGGCACAGCCUUCACCUGGGCAACUGUGCCACAGCCCUGGCACGGUACCACCAGGAGUGCCAGCAUGAUCUGGGGCUGGCAGCUGAGCAGCUGCGGUUGGCACGGCGGCACCUGGGCCGGAUCACCGGGCACGUGGGUGCUGAGGAGGUCCUGGACAUCAUCUUCAGGGACUUCUGCAUUGGCAAGUGAGGGGCACAACGAGGAGGUGC